AUGCGAUUGAUACGGCCGCUCGCCCUCGCGGCCCUCGCGCUAUGGCGCCCACUUGCCGCCGCCGAACCCAUCCUCCAAUCCAUGUCGCUCAACGCCUGCCAGGAGAACUCGGGCUUCAGCGCCAGCCUAUUCAAGGUCACCUUGACGCCAAACAACAAGACGGUUAACGUCGACAUCGUCGCCGUCUCGUCCGUAGAAGGCUAUGUCGCCUUUGACGUGCUCCUGCUCGCCUACGGUUUCCAGGUCAUCCACAUGGUCGUUAACCCUUGCGAGCUCGGCCUCGCCGGUCUCUGCCCCAUGACCGCCGGCAAGAUCCCGCUUAACUUCAAUCUGCCGAUCUCUGAUGAGGCCCUCGCCCAAAUCCCGGGCAUCGCAUACACGUUCCCCGAUCUCGACGCUACGGUUCGAGUUUUCAUCAACAGGACAGAAAACAGCGUUGCUACUCCCGAAAGCCUCGCCUGCGUCACGGCCGACAUCUCCAACGGCAAGACGGUCGACCUGAUGGGCGUCAAGUGGGCCACGGCGCUAGUUGCCGUGCUUUCGCUGACGUCUUCGGCUAUUGUGUCCGGUCUGGGUCAUCAAAAUGCUGCUGCUCACGUCGCUUCCAACGCCCUCUCGCUCUUCGGCUACUUCCAGCACCAGGCCAUGCUGGGCCUGACCCGCGUGCAUCUGCCGCCCAUCGUCAUGGCCUGGACCCAGGACUUCCAAUGGAGCAUGGGCGUUAUCCGCGUCGGCUGGAUGCAGGACCUUUUUACCUGGUAUCAGCGCGCCACGGGCGGCAAACCAGCUACGCUCUUCCAUACAUUGACGACAGUCUCUGUGCAGGUCGAGAAACGCGCUCUGAGUCUGGCCAAGCGCGGCAUUGCGAUGCUGCCGACCAACAUUGUCGAGCCGAUGAAGAAUGUGGUUGCGAGGUCGCUGCUCGUCAAGCGGCAGAAUAUCCAGACCUCAUCGGGGAGUUAUCUUGUGUUUGGCAUCCAGCGUGUGGCUUUCAAGGCGGGCAUCGAGACGACGAAUUUGUUCAUGACGGGCAUCUGCUGGUUUUGUGUCAUGGUCCUGGUUGUCUCGGGCUGUGUGGCUGGGUUCAAGUACUUACUCGACUUCCUGGCCGGUAAGGGGAUGAUUCCCAACGAUCGCUUUGCUGAGUUUCGCAAGGGCUGGCGCAUCUAUCUGAAGGGCAUCCUCUUCCGGCUGACGCUGAUCGGCUUCCCUGCCAUUUCUAUCCUCUGCCUUUGGGAGUUUACCCAGAAGGAUUCGCCCGCUCUGGUGGUGCUGGCCGUGUUCUUCUUCUUCGGCAUGCUCAUCACGCUCGGCUGGGCCUCGUUCAAGGUCAUUCGCAUUGCCCAGCGGUCCAUCACCAUCCACAACAACCCCGCCUACAUCCUCUUCUCCGACUCGCACUGCCUCAACAAGUGGGGCUUCCUCUACGUCCAGUUCCGCGCAUCCGCCUACUACUUCAUCGUCCCGACCCUCACGUACAUCCUCCUGAAAUCCAUGUUCGUCGCCUUCGGCCAGAGCAGCGGCACCGUCCAAGCCGUAGGCUUCCUAAUCCUCGACGCGGCCGCCCUCAUCGGCGCCUCUGUCCUUCGCCCCUGGAUGGACAAGAAGACUAACUCCUUCAACAUCGCCAUUUGCGCCAUGAACUUCAUCAACUCCAUCUUCCUCAUGAUCUUCUCCGAGGUCUUCAACCAGCCGCCCCUCGUCACCGGCGUCGUCGGCCUCGUUUUGUGGCUGGUCAACUCCAUCUUCUCGCUCAUUCUCUUGCUUAUGCUCAUCGUCAGCUCGCUGAUCGUUUUCUUCCGCGAGAACCCGGACGGAAGGUACCAGAUCAUGGCAGACGAUCGCACGUCGUUUAUGAAGAGCCAGACGCAUUUGACUACCACGACGGAGCUGGAUGCGUUGGCGGCCACGGCCAGGGGGGAUAAGCUUGGCUGGAAGCCGGGUGUGGAUUUGGAUGACGAUGCCGAGUCAAUUACCUCAGACUCCUUGCGCAGGCAGACCACGGAUAGAGAUCAUCUGAGUCUGCCGUCCGCCGCGGCCGCGAUUGCGGCUGCUAAUCAAGGGCAGCAGUACAACAACCAUUACAACAAUAACGGUUACGGUGGGGGGUAUGGCGGUGGGAGCAGCUACGCGGGCAGUAGCUAUGGCGGCAAUCCUGGUGGUUACGGGGGAGGUAACAACGGCGGAUACACGGCAUAUAACGGUGGUGUCAGCAGGCCAAGGACGCCUGCAUCCCCGAGCAUGCCGCUGUUCCCCGCGGAUGAUCCCAGGAGUCCGCCCAGAUUUAAUGAUGGCGGGCGACCGGCCAGUCCGUAUAGUUCGCAUUCGGGGUAUGGAAGGCCACAGACACCGACGGGUGGGGGGUUCGGAGGGCAAGGGGUUGCUAGUCCAUGGCAACGCGGCGCCGGUUACGAUUAA